GGCACUUUAAUAAUUACACUUGGAUGCAGUGAGUCAGGAUUCCCGUCUAGUGCUGGGAUGCGAUCAUAGCGCUUUAAUUGCAGCCGCAUGGUACCGAUAACUACGUAAUUAACAGUGGACCCUUCCCAGUCAACGCGUCACUUAUUAGGAAUUGAAAACGCCGAUGCCUGCCCUUUAGUGUCACUGAGGACAUCACAGACGUCACACUAACAACUAGGAACUUGGUCGUUUGCCACCGUUAGCAGAAAUUUGGGCUCGCUGUACAGCCUACGCCUUCCUCGUGCAGAUCGCUUUCAGAAGCUUCGGCUGGCGUUAGCACGUUCGCAUCCGCAGAGCAGUUUUUACCUCUCUGGGGCUCUAGUAGUCAGUGACAAGACAGAAAAAAGAUACUGGCGAUCAUUGCACCGAUAUUAGGCAGAUUGAUAUGUAAAUGACGCCCAGAGAAUUGUGGUGAUGAGUUUUCUCGAUGGAGUGAUUAAUGAUAGAUCGGCAUUAAAUGAGACGUUGCCUCUUUUGCGGCUGGUGUGACUGUUGUGAAAUGCAACAUUGCAAUGGUCCGAUUGAGGCUGGAAACCUGAUAACUGAUUCAACCAAUAGUUUCUAAGGAAGUUCAAAAGGGGCACGGAGAUCGUAUUUUACCGAGGUAACAGGAAGACGCGCACACCGAUAGCAACAUCCUCGAACAUGGCGGGGAACAAGAAGAGCAAAGUCAUCCGGAUCCUGUCGGCCAAGGAGCGCAGCCUGUUCAACGCCAUCAACAGCGAGGACGUGACGGCGGCCAGGCAGCUGGUGGAAGGGGAAGGGGUGGACAUCAACGCGCAGGACGUAUUCCAGCGGACGCCACUCAUGCGCGCCUGCCUGCUGAGCGGUCAGGAAGAGAGGCAGGCCAUUGUGUCUCUGCUCCUCAAGAAAGGAGCAGACGUAAACCUCCGUGACAACCACGGCCGGACGGCGCUGAUGGUAGUCUGCAAAGCAGGCCCGGAGGCCGUGCCGAUCAUGGAGAUGGUUCUGAAGCGCCGGGCCGACCCUAAGCUCCAGGACGAAGAGGGCGAUACCGCCCUGCUCCAUGCCGUCAAGAUAGACAACGCCGACGCGGCCCGGACCCUCGUCAGGCACGGCACGGCGGGCGUGGAGGCGAAGAACGCCGAGGGCGACACGGCACUCCUGUUGGCCGCCAAGCAGCAGAAUGCCGAAAUCUGCGACAUCCUGGUGAAGGAGGGGCGCGCCGACCACUCCAACAUACCCCUGUUCCUGAGGAAGUACCUGCCGGCCGAGUGCCGAGAGACCGACUUCACGAAGGAGAGGCACGAUCGCUUUGAGGAGUACCGUAGGAACGCGCAGGACGUCCCCGUAUCGCCUUACGAUCAAGCCAAGGGUGAACCCGAAGCACGGAACGCAAAGUCAGAACCGGGUGAAUCCGCCGAGAAACUAAGGGCGGCAGCAAAGACUGUACAAACUGCAAACGCCUUCGAAGAAGCGCUGAAGGUUGCUCGACAGGCGAAGGCAGCAGCACAGGCGAAGGCAAAGGCAGAGGCAGAGGUGAAAGCUGCCUCUACAGCACAGGCAAAGGCAGAAGCUCAUGCACAAGCAACGGCUCAAGCGAAAGCCAGGGCCGAAGCACGGGCGAAAGAAAAGGCGCGGAAGGCAGCCGAGGAGCAGGCAAAAGAAGAGGCGCGGAAGAAAGCUGAAGCGCAAGCCCGAGAAAGAGAGGCGCGGGCAAAGGAGGAAGAAGCACGGAAGAGAGCCGAGGUUCAAGCAAAAGAAGAGGAAAAAAAGAAGGCACGAGAAACUCGAGAAGCCACGGCGGCUGAUGGGCAAGAAAAGAUAAAAUCUGAGACGCCACUGCCAACAUCACGUCCCCGUUCCAGACCGCCAUCACAGCGACAACCGCCUCCUCCACCUGCCGACCGAAACGCGGACGGCACGCAGCCGCCGGCCCCGGCCAAGAAGUCCAACUGGGUUGCCGUCCCGAGAACGGGUCUCGCGGAGCUCCAGCCUGCGGCCCCUCCCCCGAGCAACAGGUCCAAGCGGAGCAAGGAGCAGUUGAAGACGUACAAGACCAAGUCCGGCCGGACGAUCUACCCUAACGCACCGCACGACAAGGACUACGACAACAUAUCGGCCAUUAGGGACGGGCUUCAACCGGCUCCCAAGCGAAAGAGCAAAGGGAAGAAAGGGCCUCUGCUACCGGCAGUUGCUGAAGCUGCUGUCCGAAAACGGCCAGUUAUAUCAACUACAUAAAACAUGUAGCAUUCAGUUUCUCAGUGCUAUAAACGACUGUGCUAAAAUGCUUGCCAUCAAAUUUGCUUCACAAAUGGAUAUAGCUUUUGUAGACGACGCACUGCAACAUGUUCCGUCGUAGUCGUUGUUCGAGUCUUUUUAUGGAUCAAAUGUUGUAGAUAGGCCUAUUAUCCAUCUAUCCAACUAACUGGAUGAGCUGGACAGUGAUCAAUGGUCUGGAACGUUUAACAAUCGUCAUAAAGAACAAAAUGUUGCGUUAGAGUAAUGAAACUUAUAUCAGACACGGCAUGUGAUUAUUUCUUCUGCAGCUAGAAUAAAACCAAAGAUAUGCGACAAUUUCCGUGCAAUGCAUGCAAAGAACGCCUCACAUUAUAGAAUCUGAUGUUAGUAAAGUCUGCAUGGACGAUCAAGAACGUUAUAAUAUGGUUCUAAAAAUACACGUUUAUGCCAAUCGCAGUCAGGCAUUUAAAUAAAAUGCACAUACCUAACUGUCGGAAAUAAGAUGGGAACGGCUGUUGCAUUACGUUGCCCAACAGAGAAAUGUGUUUUUGUUACCGUAGAUUCAUAAGACAUUAACAUGGACACGAUAUUGCAAAAGAGGAAACAUCUCCAUCAUUAAACGACAUUGAUGCAAGAUGCCUUGCUCGACGAAUGGCAGCUUGA